UACUAAAGUUAUUGUUAUUGAAAUACCAUACUUCAUCGUUUAAACCUGAUAACAUGCUUGAAGUUAUUUCACACGAAAGCGUGAUCUUACAGGUCUAUUGAAGAUCGUGCACCAAAGUAUUGUGGGUAAUCGUAAUUCUGGUAUAUCACAAGACUGUUUACUAUCAGGGAAAUCAUUAUUUUUGCUCGGAACGACCAACGUUUUCUUUAAUGUGAAUUACGUUUGAUAUUAUUUAUUAGUUUGUAGAAAGAUUAUGCAUUUUCCGAGUAUAUGAAGUUCUAUUGUGUUUAUGAAUCAUCAAAUGCUGCGGAAUAACCACGAUACGAAAUUUGACAUUUGACUACGUAUUUGACGCGCGUCCACAGUGCACGAUAUAUUAUUAUCUUUUUAAACAUAGUGGAAGCCGUCUGAUUGUAUAACUCUAGCAAAGCGUUCAAUGAUUUGUAACGAUUAAUCACUCGCUUGUUACGAAGAAAACAUUGUUUAGAUCAUUUUCUAUUGUUUUAAUACUACCUAAUUCAAGAUGAAGAAAAAGGUGCUACUGAUGGGUAAAAGUGGCUCUGGGAAGACCAGUAUGCGCAGCAUAAUUUUUGCAAAUUAUAUUGCUCGUGAUACUCGUCGUUUGGGAGCAACAAUUGACGUAGAACAUAGUCAUGUACGAUUCCUUGGUAAUUUGGUGUUGAACCUUUGGGACUGUGGUGGCCAGGAAGCAUUUAUGGAAAACUAUUUUGCAUCUCAACGCGAUAACAUCUUUAGGAAUGUAGAAGUCUUGAUCUAUGUUUUCGAUGUAGAAUCCAGAGAGCUAGAUAAAGACAUGCAUUACUAUCAAAGUUGCUUGGAAGCAAUCCUGCAGAAUAGUCCGGAGGCAAAGAUAUUCUGUUUAGUGCAUAAGAUGGAUCUAGUGCAAGAGGAUCAACGAGAUCUGAUAUUUAGGGAGAGAGAGGAAGACCUGAAAAGACUUAGUUUGCCUCUUGACUGUACUUGUUUUAGAACUAGCAUAUGGGAUGAAACGUUAUAUAGGGCAUGGUCUUCAAUUGUGUACAUGUUGAUUCCUAACGUGGAAGAACUCGAGCAAAGUUUAAAGCAGUUCACAAAUAUUAUCGAUGCCGACGAAGUACUUUUAUUUGAGAGAGCCACGUUUUUAGUGAUCAGUUAUUGCCAGAGACAACAUCACAGAGAUGUACAUCGAUUCGAGAAAGUUUCUAACAUAAUAAAACAGUUCAAAUUGAGUUGCAGCAAAUUGGCGGCACAGUUCCAAAGCAUGGAAGUGAGAAAUUCGAAUUUCGCAGCGUUCAUCGACGUGUUCACAUCGAAUACAUACGUGAUGGUCAUCAUGUCAGACCCUGCUAUCCCGUCGGCAGCAACUUUAAUCAAUAUCCGCAACGCGCGGAAACAUUUUGAAAAAUUAGAGCGUGCUAGUCAGAGUUCAGCGUUAAGUAGAUAGAAGUCAGCUCGACCCAGGCGCGUUGUCACCCGGGUCCAAACUGUUAAUCAUUAUUGAAUCUAAGAGUCAUUCUGAAAGAGUGCCGUCGACUUAUUCCUUUCAAUUAAUCCAUAAUUUUUCUAAAGAACAGGAAUUUCCAGGAAUCAUUGUAAAUUGUUUGCAAAUUCAAAGAGAUAUUUAAAUAUCUUGAUACUGAUCUGUACGCUAAUAAAUAAAUAACCGCCAAUACGAGAAGGUACGCUAUUAAUGUCAGUAAAACAUUAUUGUUCGCUUGUCAUCUGGCUCUUAAAUAAUGCGAGUUCCCUGGAUAUUAAUUAAUACGUAUGUAUAUCACUUCUGUACUUUAAUUACUGUGGCCUGUUAUGAAGAUACAUAUUUUCCUAAUGAUAUUCACUUCAUACAGCAGUGUAUAUACUUAUUCUAAUGGCCAUACCAUUGCAAUAUAUUCAACUAACAAUAGCAUUACAUUGUACGUUAUAUUUUGUAUAAAACUUUUAGUGUCUCUUGGUAUAAAAAUGAUUAUUAAAUUUGUAUGAGUUUA